GCAAUGCUGUACAGAUUUCCCGACUAUGAAUCAACUUGAUACAGCCAAUGUCUCCGGAAGAAACCCUGUUCAGGGCACAACGAGGAAACGUGCCAGAAGAGAGGGCUCAAAAUGGACUCGCUCCGGCUGCUUGACUUGCAAGAAACGUCGCAAGCGGUGCGAUGAAGCUAAACCUAGCUGUCGUAGUUGUGUUAGGCUUGGGCUGGCCUGCGAAGGUUAUGGCUCAAUGUGGGCAGAGCCACUCAAACCAUCUGCAGAGAUCUUUCAGCAAGUUGUGCCACCAAAGCGACGACGAAUUAGCCCGUCGCCUUCCGUAUCUGCCAGCUCCCCGGCGGCACCAGUAGAACAGCUCUCACCCAAUUCAACCGUAUUCUCUGGCUAUACUACUGUUCCUUCGACUCCAUCAGACUACGGCGCAGCUGAGAUAUGCACCCCACGAGAUGAAGAUAAUGAAUCUUAUGGAAAUGAGGAUGUAGCACUCGAUGUUGCUCACUCUGAGAACUGUACUGUUAUUAUACCCAAACAGUGCGGAUCUCUCAGCCAUCUGUCGAAUCUUGACCUGCACUAUCUCCAGUACCAUAUGGAACAGGGUUCUAGGCUCUUGGCUAACCUGGAAAGUGAUGAAAAUCCUCUACGAUCAUUAAUCAUCCCUUCUGCGUUAUCAUCCCCACUCUUGAUGAAGGCGCUAUGUGCCGUGUCUGCAAUGCACUUGGCAAAUCGCUCAUGUGGCAACUUGAGCGCGCAGACCGCAGCAGCAAAUUACUACGUGCGCACAAUGAGUGGCCUCCGCUCCGCUCUUUCGAAAUCUGCUGUUGAAGGGUUCCCCACAGACUCAAUUCUAGCAGUGGCACUUCUCUGCAAGUACGAGAUUGUACGGGGCAGCGUAAAGCAAUGGGCAGUGCAUCUGAGCGCAUUGGAGAAACUAGUGAUUUCUCGCGGUGGAUUUUCCACGUUCGACCAGGACACAGCUGAAUUCUUAUGGGGACUGUUCGUGUAUGCACACAACGUGGCGAGUGUCACUAACCGCAGACAAAUCACAAACUACAUCCCCGGCGAAGAAUCUUUAAGCGUCAGAAAACUCGACAUAUACAUCGGAUACACAGAAGACAUCAUCAGACUCUGUCCCCGAAUCGCCGACCUUCCCUUAGUUAGUCACGACCCCGUUGCGCUAGGUUUGGAGAUCCACACCAUAGACUCAUCACUCCGAAAUUGGACACACUCCUCAACCCCAUACCUAAUCCCCAAAGGAGCCACAGACGCAAGCCUUGCCCGCCUGCGCAUGGUAGCCGAGUGUUUCCGCGACGCAGCGUACAUUUACCUCCAUUCGACCUUAGAACGAAUGAGCCAGGGCAUCGUUGCCCGAAACCUACCAUCGUUGUGGUCUUCGUUCGUCUCCCGGACCAAACAAGUCGCUUUACGCCGCUGCCUGGACCGAAUCCAAUCUUUCUCUCUAGAUGAAAACUGCGAGUACUCGGCCCUAACGUUUCCGCUUUUCAUCACGGGCUGUGAGAGCGAGAGCCCUGCGGCAAGGGAGCUGGUUAUUCAGUCGCUGAGCAAAUUAGAGACUAAUUUCGGGAUCGGGAAUACGAAGCGGGCUAAGGAGUUAUUGAAUAUUCUCUGGAAUGGGGAGAAAAAGCAUUGGUUGGAUGUACUGGAGCAAUUGAAGUGGGACCUAAUUCUUGCGUGA